AAUACAUACUUUAUAUACUUUAACAUGUUUAAGUGGGAAGAGGUUAAUCCUAAAGGAAUUUUAACAUUAUGAUGCUCUAACAGUAUUAUUUAAAUCUCUAAACUUGAUAUAGUGUGAGCAAUACAAUGAUGAUGAUUUUAUUGUCAUUGAUGUUUUGAUUUCUGAAAAGAUUUACCUGGAGGUAUAGAUUACACACCUAAAGGUUGUAAAAGUUUGUAAACAUUGUGUAAAACAAAAACAUCCACUGGAUAGUAUAAUAGAUAAACAAGAAUUAAGUUACUUUACGGUGUGGUUCAAAGUUGAUAUUGCCUUGGUCUAUAGUGGAACAAUUCAGGAAAAACAGCAUGGAUGAAAAACAUAGCAGUGGUGAUCUCCAUAGUCGUCUAAAGACCAGGAAGUUACUGGGAGUCGGGGAAACAGAUGAUGGGGAUGUCCAUAGGUCAAAGUUGAGUCAAAUAUUAGGUCACAGUGACCAGUUGUAUGUAAGAUUACCUCCAGGAUUGAAGAUUUGGCAGCUCAUCCUUGCCUUAAUAUUUACUGUUAUUGCCUUGUGGGCUUUUAUAUUCCCUUCACAUUUAUAUGAGACAACAUUUGGAGACACUAGUGAUGACAAACAUCUUGUUCUGCCAAUACGUCUGUAUGGUAUCACACUUAUAUGUUUGUCGCUGGUAUUCUGGUUCACAGUAAAAGCUGUUGAUAAAGAACUAAUUCGUCUGUUGUUGUUGUGUAGUAUUAUAUACUUCACCCUUCAUACAAUUGUUUCAGCCAUAUGUGUGCCGUUGUCAACGAGUUUUUGUGCUAUUCCACUACUACUUUUGUGUACUAGACUAGUCGCAAUAUGUAUAAGUAGUUACUUCUACUGGAUAAUGACAAGAGAUUGGCGACCCAAAGAUCAAUGGAAAUUAUAUCGGACACAGCAAUAGCAAUAAAUCUGAUUUAUGAGUCUGCGUUAACCAGGGGUCGGCUGGUGUCGUUACUGAUUAGCAGCCUGCUAACUGCUGUGUCCUACUUUUUCUACUGGGCAGUUACAUUCAAGACCUCUUCUUUGAAAAGGAACACCUCUAGUAAAGACUUGAAAGAAAAGGGCCAAUAAAUAGAUGGAAUUCAGGAAAUGUUACACAGAACUGGAAUCAGUAGAAUUACAUGGUGCUUUUCAAUUGGUAUUCCACAUUACAUUGACAAAAGUAUUUUGUUUGUGAGUUCUGAAAUUUUAGGGUAUCAAAUUGUUAAACAAAGUGUUUAAAGAUAUAUUUUUCAAAUCAAUAUGUAUUUCUUUUUAAAUACUUUAAAUAUUCCUUUCACUAGUAAUUAUAGAAAAUGUUGAAGAUAUACAUGAAAUUUAAAAAAAUAAUUAUAUUUUUUUCUAAUUAAGGAUUAUACAUUUGAUAAAAGAUAUUAAAAAAUUGUAAAAGCAUAGAUAUAAUUUGCCAGUUACUAGUAUCUCUGAAAAGCUUUGACAAAACCAUGUAAAGAAUUUAAUUUUCUCAGUAUUUAUGUUGAUGCAUAUGCAUAAAAAACUUCUCAUGAUAGCCAAGUAGCAUAAAAAUAAGUUAUCUUUUACCUGUCUUAAGUGUCAUUCACUUUUUUGUCCAAGUAGCAUAAAAAUAAGUUAUCUUUUACCUUUGUUAAGUGUCAUUCACUUUUUUGUAUAUUAAUAACCAGUUUAUACAUUGGGAUUAUGCCCAAAAGUCCUUCAUCAGAUUUAAAAUUUCUGAUUAUCUCAUAAUAAUUGAUCUUGACAAAUUAGCAUAUUUUGUUUUUCCAAUCUGACAUUUCUUAGUAACUAUAGCCGUCAGAUGGAUUCUUACAAAGACAUUCAUUACCAGUAUGUGAAUGUAUAAGACACAACAAAUGUCAUUUAUUUAUUUGAAAAAGUUUAAUAUGAGACAAUUAUGUUGGAAAUUAUAAAGGAAGGAUUGGAAAACCAUUUUUAUUUAUAAUGAUUUCCAAUAUUAAGUAUGUAGAUCAAGUUAUGUCAAUGUCAUGUAUGAAAACCACACAUUAUUAUCAUCAUUGUCAUUUGUAUAUUGUACACCUUCAUACAUUGUGUAUGCUUUUUAUGGCUUUACAUAUUUGAAAGUUUUGUAGAUCUCAAUGUCAUGUACACAUUUUAGUUAUAGCAGUUUUGACUCAGACUUAUCAUAUUCAUUUGAAUGUGUAGUAAGUCUUUAAUAAUAAUAUGAUAUAUUCCUUAAAUAUGUUUUUAAAAUGUGUGUUCACAUAGAGAGUCUUUAAAAAAGAGGCAUAUGUUUUGACCAUAUUAUGGAAAUUUUUUUGUAUUCAUCAAAUUGUAUUUAAAGGGACCAAAGACUUCUGUCUUGCUUAUAUUUCAAUCCUUUUGUUAAUUGCCAAACAAAUUUUAGCAUAGCAAUAUUAUUAGACCAAAAAUUGAGGAAUUAGAUGCUCGCCUUGUUCAUAUAAAAAUAUAUGUUAUAUUUGAUUUGAGCUAUUGGAAUGGAAACAUAUAAACAGCUUAUUUCAGCUUAAGUAAAAAAUUCAGUCAAUGUAAUGUAACAUUUCGUACUUUUAACACAAAAUUCAUAAAACGUUUUCAACAGAAAAGUGGUUAUCUCCCUUUCCACUGAAAAUUAGUCAUAGCUUUAUCUCUCUGCAGUUAAAGUAUGAUACCCAAGAGAGAGCUAUUCAGAAGAAAAAAAAUCAUCAAAGAUACCAGGCUUAUAAUUUUGUACGCAAGACGCUUGUUUCGUCUACAAAAGACUCAUCAGUGAUGCUUGAAUUAAAAAAGGUAAAAAGUGGAGAGCAUUGUGGACCGAAAAAUUCUGAAAGGUUUUUCCAAAUACAGCUUAAGUAAUCUAUUCCUUGGGAAAGUUUUUUGAAUAAUUGAAAUUAUUGCAUGGUUACCCAAAUAACCAUUUCAGAAUCUGAUGCAUUCUGGGUAUUACAGAGCUUACAUCAAUAAAUUGUGCAACAUUUGUUUUCUCUUUGGUAUAGAAACAAAAUAUUUCCCCACUAUUCAUUAGAUUUUGUAAUGCAGAUUUGCAACUAUAGUUAUUUAUUAACACUGAGGCUAUGGAUUAUCAGUUUGUCUCUCCAGACAUCCAGGCAAUAUAAAAAAUCUUAUAUUUGAAUAAUUUCAGUAUCAAUUUGAAUAUGAUAGGUAAUAUAAAAAUUACUUGAAAGUCGUUAAUCCAUGUUGACCUUUCGACAUAAGAAAAUUUGGGUAAAAUAUAUAUUUCCAUUGUUCAGAAUUAUCUGAGGUGUACAGCUAUGCUUUAAAGUAUCAGAUGAAUCCAGGGUAAAUAUAUUGGCAGUCAAAUGUUUGUAACAUCAACCAAUACAAAACCUAAGAAUUAAUAUAUAAGAAUGUAUAAUGAAUUAAUAUAUAAAAAUGUGUAAUAAGUAUUCUAGUACAUGUUUUUAUUAGUUUAAAGUAUAACUUCUUUUAUAAAUGCAAUCAAUGUCUUAUUUUUAUAGUACAUAAUAUUCUAUAAAAGGAACUUGCUAACACAAGUUGCAAUAGGACAGGUUUAUGUAAGAAAUGUUUUGUGAAUAUAUUGUAAACCUUAACAGAAAUCCCUCCUAUGUGAUAAUGUAAUGUUUGUAAAAUUGUGUGCCAUGCACAAUUCAUUAAUUGUUUACAAAAAUAAAGAACACUUCAUGAU